CCCCACAUUGAAAAAUCCGCACAUUCACCUUUCAGUUUUGUUCUCAUACCCAAACUGCCGGCAAAUAUGCCUGCGUCGAGUUCUAACUCAGCUUCGCCGGCAAACGCCACUGUGCAGCAAGGUAAGGGAUUAUGGCGGCCGUUCGUCGUUGUUUUUGCCACGCUCCUGGCUCCUCUGGUGGCAGCCGUACUUUUUUACCAGCUCGAUUCCUUUGACCCGGCUCCUAUACCCCUCCACGAGUUGUCUCCGGUACCCCCCAUCAGUGCCUUGCUGGUUAACGACCACAUCCUGGCCGGAGCAGAAUUUCUAGGCAAGGGGCAGCUCAAGGGACCGGAGGAUAUUGCAUACGAUCCCAACUCGCAACUUAUCUAUACGGGAUGUGAAGAUGGCUGGAUCAAGCGAGUCACGGUGAACGAGUCAUCUGCUAACUCGUUGGUCGAGAACUGGGUCAAUACUGGUGGCAGACCACUUGGACUCGUCGUCGGACACAACAAUGAACUUAUUGUUGCUGACGGUUACAAGACUCUACUCAGCCAAUGAAUAAUAUUUUGCAAAAUCUGAGUGUGAUUAAAGAUCUAAAAUUAAA